AUGCAUAGCGAACUCAACAGAUAAUUUGAAAGUUCUAAAAUUGAAAGAAGAAUUGUUACUAGAGUAAAACGAAGGAGAUCAAUUGACUAUAGUUAUUCUCAAGCACUCAAAUCCAAAAAUAUUGAUUAUAUGAAAGGUCAUUUAAACAGAAGAACACGUUAUUCAAAUUCUUUUUCUGCAUAUGAUUAAAAUGAGGCAUAUUAUUCACAAGACUGCCCAAAUGAAUUAUUAAAAGAAUAAAAGAAAGAUAAUUUCUAUAGUAAAAGCGCAUCUGAUUAAUCUUCUAAGCAGCCAAUUCAAACCAAUAAAAAAUAUGAUCUGAAUGAUAUGUAUGCAAUUAGAAAAGAUGAAGUGGAUUUUAGAAAAUAUAAUUAUAAUUUUUAGUUGGAUGUUCUUUAAUUGGAAGCCUUAUAUUAUUGGCUUUCAAUUUUUGGGUUUCAGCGUUCUGCUCCUUUAUAAAUCCCACCUUAUUUAUGCUAAUACAUUUAUUCUUUAAUUUUGUAUAGAAGUGACUUUCGCAAAAUUUUGAUUUAAUAUAUGGAUAUCUAUAGUAGAGCCUAUCGUAAGUUUAAUUUGAUAGUGAAUUUGUAAUAAACUAUAAUUAUGAAUUUAUAAUUUUUAGUUAUCUGAACUCCUUUAUUCACAAACUAAAUCUAGAUUAUGAAGUUCUUUUAGAUGAUUUCCUUAAAUACUUUUAAUUAUCAAAUCUUUAAAAUGAUAAAAUAGAAUAAUCUUUGAAAGAAGAUUAUAUUUAUCGAAAAAAUAACAUAGCCUUGGGAAAUAUCAGAUUUUUUUUCAAAUAAAAAGAUAGAAUUUUAGUUGAUUUUUAACAACCAAUAGGGAAAUUUGAAGAUUAACAAUUUUACGAUUAUGUUUAGUUUUAGACAGAGUUUGGUAAAUAAUUAUCAUAAUAUGAAUCAAUUAAAUCGUUUAACUAACAUCUCACUGAACCCCAUAGUGAAAGAACUUUGAUAUUAUUUCUUUUAGCAGACAUUGAACUAAACAAGUCAAUCUAUAAGACUUUAAAUUAGGAUUUGAUCAAUUAAGGAAAAAUAGGUAAAAUUGAUAACCUUACAAAAAUAUACCUGGAAAUAACCACUGAAAGCAGACUUUGCAGUAGAUGUGUGAGUAUGUUUUAAUACAUCCCAGUUGAGUUUAUUUGUAAAAAAUUUAAGUCAACUUUUAUUUUAAUGUAGAUCAAAAAUUUUAAUUUAUAAUCAUUUCGUAAUACUUAUUGGAUCCUCAAAUCGAAUAAGAAGUAGAAAAAUACCAAAAGAUUUGGAUAAGAACACCUUAAGGGUAAUAAAUUUAAUAAUAGUAAACAUAAAAACAAUUUUAAUAAAAUUUUCAAACUGAUUCUAAUUACCAAGCGGACAUUUACUUAGAAAAUUUUUUAGAAAACUUUCAAGCUCCUAAAUAAAAAGAGAAUCUUCUAGAUUCUUAAUCAGUUCCAAAAGAAGACCUUCAAAACAUGAAUUUAUAUUAAUAAAUUGAAUAGGAGGAAAUAAAAGAAUAAGAAUUGUUAGUUUGUUAUGAAGAACAAGAACCUACAGGAUUUGUUUCUUUUUUAUUAUUAAAAGAAAGAUAUUGUGUUGGAAAUUGUAGGAAUUUCAAAGAAAAAGUUGAUCAAAUAAAAAUUACAAAUACAUUUUUCUUAAGUAAUGGAAAACAAGAAGAGCCCAAAUAGAAUUCUUAGAGUAGCGAAUAAGAGAUAAAAUAACAAUUUGCUAAUCUUCUUAAAGAGUUUUCAAACAUUAAAUAAGAGAAAUAGUUCUAAGUUCAGAAUAAAUUUUAGAAGCACUAACAAACUUUUAUAACAUAAGAAGAUCUAUUAUUAGAGACUAGAUCAUAAUUUUAUAAAUUAUUGGUAAAGAAAUUUACUUCUGAAUUUUCAGAACUAAACACAUAGUAAUUCAAUUUAAAUACGAUCUUGAGUAUCUACUGGGGGAUUGGAUCUCUUUAAGGUUUCAAGGAAUCUCAUACUGAUUUAAUUGAUGCCCUAAAAGAAGAAUUAAGGCUAAAUAGCAUUAUUUAGUGUGGAAAAUUGAAUAUGUAAUUAUUUCUAUCUGAUUAUACAUUCUUAAGAGAAUUCAUUACUCCAUAAAUUUCAAGACAAAUUAGAAGGAAAAAUGAAAACUUAAAAUUUUAAUUAAUUUUUGUUAAGUAAAAAUAUUUGGUAAAGAAGACUCUGGUAACAUUAAAAAAAUUUGUAGUUUCAACUAGGCUAACGAUUGUAACUCACUGUCUUUAUUGAUAGAGUAACAAGUCAAUACAGUAAUCAAAAAAUUUAAAAAUAUUUUAAUAAUUAUCUUGUCAGUUGAUAGGAUUCAAUAAUAAUGUAAAGAGAGAAUUAAUAGUUAAAUUCUUAGUUUCCAUCAUUCCAAUCUAGAACUUAAGUACUUUUCUAUUAAAUAAAAGGAAAAAUAGCAAAUGUAAUAAUCCUAAUAAAAAUAAUCAUAAAUAUUAGAAUAAGAAUGGGAUCUUUUAGAAAUUGAAUAUUAUAAAUAGAGAUAUACACUAUAAAAAGAAGGAUUGUUCCUUUCUUAUAAAUAAUUGAGUGAAAAUGUUGAUGAAGAAUUGUUUAGCUUUGAAUGUUAGGUAAAGUUAUUAAUUAAUUAUUUAUAGAUCCACAGUUAGAAUAUUAAUAUGUGA